CACAUUAUCUGCAACUUCUGUUGUUAAGAAAAAUAUAUAUGGCAUCCUCGAAGACUUUUCUUCUUCUUGGCCUUGUGUGUGUUGUUCUCAUCCUCAUUGUCUCCGAGGCCUCAGCUCGUGAGCUAGCUGAAACUACUACUCAAAUUAAUCAAAAUAAUGCCUACGAGAGAAAUGGACAUGGAGGGCACGUUGUCUAUGGACGUGGUGGCUACAAUCGUGGAGGGCAAGGUACCUAUGGACGUGGUGUCUACAACCGUGGAAUAAAAGGUGGUCACGGACGUGAGCGAGACCCCUACAGUCGAGGAGGGAAAGGAUAUGGUCGAGACCAUGGCCACUAUGAAAGUCCAGGACCUGGAACUGCUGAGACUGAAACAAAGAAUUAGAUAACGCUUAGAGUACUACUAUCUUUGUAAAUUGUAUGUCAAUAAAAGGUUAUUUGGUUGAGUUGUCUAAUGAACUCUCAAUCAUAAGCCUGCCUUUAAUUAAGGUUUAUCUAUAUAUGUACUCUGCAUAAUGAUCUUAGUGUCAAAAUGUCUAACAAUUCAAGUUUAAGUUGUUUGUCCGCUGA